AUAUUUGUCAUUCUGUGUGCUGUAAUCUUUGUCCACACUACAGUAAUGGACGAGGACAAAGAGUUGGAGAGCGCCAUGUUGAACAUCUCACCCUCUGACCUGCUGAGCACGAGCAGUCAGUAACACUGUUAAUACAGUCAGUUAAUUCUUCAGUCUUUCUUGCAGAUGUGUAUCUCAUUUCUAGAUGUUUGCUUUUUGUGUGUGUAACCAGUUGCUGUGGCUGCAGCAAAAAGAGAAGAGGGUGUGUCAAGAAUACUUCCACGAGCAAAACCAGGUUUUUAAAUGAGAGGUUUCAGGACUGGAGAGCUAUUCUCUUGCAUGAAGAAUUGCCAUCCUAAACUGAGCCAUGACCUUCUGUGUUCUGCCUUUGCUUUUUGUUAUGGCCACGUUCUGGCCAGGUUCCUGUUCCACGUGUCUCUUCCUACUGUUACACUAAAAGUCCUCAGGACUAUGAAUUGAUUCCUGCUGAGAAGAUGUGAUUCCAGACACAGUGAGUAUGUUAUUUUUAUUUUUUUGCAUGUCUUGUACACUAAAAACAUUGAAGUGGGGGUUUGCUCUAUAAGUUGAAUGCAUGCUUGUGCACUGGGUGCUGUUACUCCUCCUGCUUAGGUUGAUUAGUAAGAGGUUGUUUCUGACCUUUCCAGUAUUAUGUGUAAAGCUGUGGUAAGCAGGAAAAGUAACUGUGUGAGUUUGAGUUCAUACUAACACCAACCAACACCUGCACACUCUGUAACUGCUGGAAUAACUGCUGCCUUUUCUGUUUUAGUCCCGUCUGCAACGCUGUCCAGACCUCCUCCUGAUGCAUCAGAGCAACUGGAAACCUCAGCAGUUGAUGUCCCAACCAGUAAACAAGGGAAGACACCUGCGGCCCUGCCACCAGAGCUGGCCUUCCUGGCAAAGGAAACAUCGAGCUUCACAAAGAGCCUGGAGUCAUCUAACGAUUCAAACACAACAUCUGCUGGCUCCUCUGCAUAUAGAGUGCUGGAUUUUGAAGACAGAGGUGAAAAGGUUUCCUCAGCCCAGCCACCUGCUCCUUCACUCUUGCCUGACCGGGACCUUGAUAUGAACAGCUGGAGCUGUUCUCAGCACCAGAAACUGUGGAUGAGGACAGAACUACAGGAUCUCGGACUGUGGCCUGGCUCUCGUCCUGUUUGCAGCGUUGGGAAUGCAGUUUCCCUCUAGCGUCUUCCUCCACAACCAGAGCUGAUCGACACAGUGGCCGACCUCCCAUCACCCAACUUCUUUCAGCUGCACCCGUUUUUCAUCUGGAAGCCUGAAAGUAACAUCAUGAUCAGACUGAGGAACAAUUGCAUCCUGCCCUGUCUUCAUGGGUGUCAUCAUCCUCAGGUGGUCUCUGCUGGCGUGGGUAGGCCUCGGGUGAUUGUUGGCACCGGUGGACAGUAUUACAUCUUUUUCUCCAGACUUUGUUGCAAGUCCUGUCGGAGAAACUGGUUUGCAGACAGUCCCCGGUGGCUGCAAAAGCUGCCCAGCCACUUCACAAACAUUCUGCCUGCAUUCCUGACUUAUAAGAAGGCCAUCUGCAAGUCUGUAAUGGAUGAGCUGAGACGCACGGGCAAAUCACCAUCAGACAUGGCAAAUCAGGUGAAUGAACUCAUGCAUCUCAAAUAUGAGCGAGCUCACCUGGCAUACCUGCAGGCAAUCGAGAGCGUUUGGGAUGCUGAGGCAGGGGUUCAUGGACAGAAGACCAUUGGGCAGUUUGUGAGAAAGGACAAUGCACCACGUCCUUUUGGCUCCUAUGAAGAUGCCAGUGGGUGGUGUGGAAUUUCUGUUUCCAGCUUCUACCUCACUGACUGUCUGCUGGAAGAGUACAGACGCCAAGAGCCAGCCAUGUCCAGGCUCCUUCAAGGUUCUUUUGGACAGAUCUUCAGGUCUGACCACACCAGAAAAGUUGCACGCAAAGUGACACUUGCAUCAGGGACAAUGUCUAGCUUUGCGAUCAUGAACGAAAACUGGUUGAUUGUUUCCUGGGUGAUGGUUCAGUCUGAGGCUGAGAGGUCCUUGCAGCCGAUGUACGAGGGAGUGGCCAGGAGGUACGCUGAAGCUGAAGUGGAGAAGGCAGGCUACCACUGGGUGGACAGGGAUUGCUGUGCUUCUUUCAAGAUCCCAGACUCCAUCCCUGGUGAACAUUUACUCUGGGAUGCUUGGAAGACAACCCCUGCCAUUGUGAAUGCUGCUACCUCUGGACCCCUGGCUAAUACUAGUGCCUCUCGAUCACAUUACAACCCCAACAUUGUCAUAAAACUGGACUUGUUUCACUGCCUCAGGCGCUUUUCACAGGAGUGCACGUCUGAGCAUCACCCCCUCUACAGCAGUUUCUGCCAGCUUCUCUCUGCUGCCUUCUCUGUGGUGGAUCAGGAGGACCUCAAGAAGCUCCGGGACGCCUACGAACUCUGUGGUAUCCGGCCAGCCAAUCCCACCAAACAACACAUAUGGAAGCACUGCAGGACCAAGAUACCACAGCCCACACAGCUCCUGGACAGAGUGGAAAAGGUGAUCAACCAUUUUCAUCUGGCCAAGGAUCCAAAUGAUGUCCCUCUGUUUAAACCCUCCAUGCUGAAGACAUGGCGCAUACAGCGAGUGCAUAUUCUCCGUGGAUGCCUCAGUGACCCUGAAAUCUCUGAGGAUCAUGUACAGGUAUGGUGGCACUCUUCAGCUUAACCAUGUACCUGGAGAAGGAGCAAAGGUCAACAUCUGGAUUCCUGUCAGAGGUACAUCACAACAAGAGGGGUACCAUUUCCACCAGGCCCAGUGGAUCACUGGAACCCAUGCCUCCACUGAACUGUUUCAGGCGCAGGGAAUGACAGGAGUGGCAAGAUGGAACUACCAAC